AUGUUUCAGAAUAAGUAUAAUGAUAGUGAAAAAAAUAAUAAAUAUAAAACAUAUAAUUAUUGUAGAAAUUAUGUAAACGAUGUAAAAAACAAAUACAUGGGGUUUUCAAAUAUAUACAAAAAUAGCCCCAAUAAAUACUAUUAUGAUUCCAAAAAAAAUUAUAAUCAAUACAGAUAUAAUAAUACUUAUAAUUUCAAAUUAAGAAAUAAGAGAAAUAGAAGUUAUAGAAGUAUAAGUAAUUCGAAUUAUAGGAGUAAAUUUACGAAAUAUAAAAAUUAUGAUAUUAAGGAAAACAUAAGAGAAUAUGAUAGAAGAAAACGUAGUUUUUCAUCUUUGAAGAGAGCAUAUAACAAAGAUCAGCGAAAUCAUAAAUAUUAUGUAGAAUCCAGAUAUAAUGAAGAUCAUAAAAAUAAAUAUGUAAAAAAUUAUAAUUUAUCAAAAAAAAGAAACUAUUAUUCUUAUAAAAAAAGGAUAUAUAGCGAUAAAAGAAAUUUUGACACUCAUUAUGGACAAGGGAACAUUUUUUAUAAUAAUGAAUAUUAUCUAAUUAAUGAUAGAUCAAGUUUAAAGAAGAAAAAAACGUAUAAUGGAAAAUAUAGUUUUAAAAGUAAUUCAAGAAGUUAUAAUAGCCAUUUAGAAAAUAAAAAUAAAAAAAUAUUAAGUAGUAGAAAUAAUAAAUAUACAAAUAGUGAUGUGAUAGGAAAAAUGGAUGAGAUAAAUUUUAGGGACAAAACUGAUAAUUUGCAUAAGUUAAAAAGUUUUGAUACAAAAGGUAGCCUAAAAAGAGAGAAAAUGGUUUAUGAAAAGGAGAAUCGUACUAAUAUGUAUAGAGAUAAAAUAAUUAGAGGUUCAGAAAUGUCUCAUAAUAAUUAUACGAAAAGAACUAGGAAAAGAGGGAAAGAUAACAGUAGAUCUUCAAAAAAUAGUAACUUUAUGCAAAAAAAAAAAGUACAUGUAGAUAAAUUAAAUGAAACAUAUAAAAAGACUAUUUCAAAAAAAUCAAAUGAUACUUAUUCUCGAAAAAAGAAUGUUCAUAAGAGAAACAGAACGAAAAAUAGUGAAACUGAGGAGAAAAAAGAAAAAAAAAAAAAAAAAAAUAAAAAAGAAAAUGAUUCUGACGAUGAAAUUAUUCACUUUCAUUGGAAAAAAGGGAUGAUUUUAAAUGACUGUUAUAUAGUUAUACGUAAGAUGGGAGAUGGAACAUUUGGUAGAGUUUUAUUGUGCCAGCAUGUAGAUACCAAAAAAUAUUAUGCAAUAAAAGUAGUUAGGAAUAUUAAAAAAUAUACUAAAUCAGCAAAAAUUGAAGCAGAUAUUUUGAAAAAAAUCCAAAAUGAUGAUACAAAAAAUAGUAAUAUUGUUAAGUUUUAUGGAAGAUUUAUGUAUCAUGAUCACAUGUGUUUAAUAUUUGAGCCAUUAGGACCCUCUUUGUACGAAAUUAUAACCAAAAAUAAUUACAAUGGAUUUCAUAUACAAGAUAUUAAACUUUAUUGUAUAGAAAUUUUAAAAGCACUAAAUUACCUUAGAAAAAUAACUCUUACGCAUACUGAUUUAAAACCAGAAAAUAUCUUGUUGGAUGAUCCAUAUUUUGAAAAAACUUUAAUAACUGUUAGAAGAGCAACUGAUGGAAAGAAAGUUCAAAUCUAUAAAACAAAAUCAACAGGUAUCAAAUUGAUUGAUUUUGGUUGUGCAACCUUUAAAAAUGAUUAUCAUGGUUCAAUAAUUAAUACGAGACAAUAUAGAGCACCUGAAGUUAUCUUAAAUUUAGGAUGGGAUGUAUCCAGUGAUAUGUGGAGUUUCGGUUGUGUUUUGGCUGAAUUAUAUACUGGUUCAUUGUUGUUUAGAACUCAUGAGCAUUUAGAACAUUUAGCUAUGAUGGAAAGUAUAAUUCAUCCAAUACCAAAAAGAAUGCUAUAUGAAGCUAUGAAAACAAAUGGAUCAAAAUAUGUAAAUAAAGAACAAUUAAAAUUGGCGUGGCCAGAAAAUGCUUCUAGCGUUAAUUCUAUUAAACACGUUAAAAAAUGCUUACCUUUAUAUAAAAUAAUUAAACAUGAAUUAUUUUGUGACUUUUUAUAUAAUAUAUUGCAAAUUGAUCCUAGUCUUAGACCUACCCCUGCAGAAUUAUUGAAACACAAAUUUCUCCAAGAAGAUUAUGAAUAUUUGAUUCCAUCUUAA